UGUUCUUGUUCGACAACAUUCGUUCAGUAUGGCUGAGAAUGAAGAUUUCCGUAACUUAAUCAUUGGAAUGCAAUAUGCUGGCAUCCCGAGUGUUAACUCCCUUGAGUCAAUCUACAACUUCUGUGACAAACCAUGGGUGUUUGCGCAGAUGGUGUCCAUCUACAAAACUCUGGGUCCUGAGAAGUUCCCUCUAAUUGCACAAACAUUUUAUCCAAAUCACAAGGAAAUGUUAACAAUGCCGACAUUCCCUGUUGUUGUGAAGAUUGGACAUGCUCAUUCAGGCAUGGGAAAGGUCAAGGUAGACAACCACUACGAUUUUCAGGACAUAGCCAGUGUGGUAGCACUUACCCAGACCUAUGCUACCACUGAACCCUUCAUAGACUCCAAGUAUGACAUCAGGAUCCAAAAGAUAGGCAGUAACUACAAAGCAUACAUGCGGACUUCCAUAUCUGGAAACUGGAAGACAAAUACAGGCUCUGCAAUGUUGGAACAAAUUGCUAUGUCAGACAAGUACAAGCUCUGGGUUGACACCUGUUCUGAACUGUUUGGUGGUUUGGAUAUCUGUGCUGUCAAAGCUGUACAUGGCAAGGAUGGAAAGGAUUAUAUUUUUGAGGUUAUGGACUGUGCAAUGCCUUUGAUUGGUGAACAUCAGGCUGAAGACAGGCAACAUAUAACUGAGCUGGUUGUAAGCAAAAUGAACCAAACGUUAUCCAAAACACCUAUACCAUCUCCUCAGAGACCCACUGCCACUCAACAGCCUCAAGGGAUUAAGCCCCCAUCACGUGUGCAAGCACCCAGAAUGUUUGAGGCACAAUAGAGGAUGACUCGGGGGAGGACCAGAACCAAGGCCGGAAGAACUUCUGCUACACGAACCCACCAGCAUCCAGACUGUUGUCAUAACUCUGGAAUACCUCCACAGCCAGAAGGAAAAGAUUUCUUUUUUUCUCCAUCCUUGGCAUUAAGCACUUAUUUUUCUGCCUCUUUUGGGGGAGGAAAGACCACCCAACAGAUACACAAAUUAAAGACUGCAUUAAAUUGUUCUCCAUGAGU